CGCUGUGACCAGAGCUUCUGAUAAACUCCGCCCGCACAACAAAGUUGGCGGGAAUGUUUGUUAUCCUUGCAUAAACAUGAAUAUGGAGUGCGCGUCACAAGAGAUAUCGAGCUCAAAUGAAAACACGAAUUUAGUUGGAGUCGAAAGUGUUGUUCAAUCAUGGAUGAUCGACUAUUAUUUCGCGACACUAUGUCGGCACUUCAAAGCAAGAUCUGCGCCGGAGUUUCAUAAAGCUUUAAAAAUAUUUGAAGCAUUGGUGGAUGAGCUCGAGUCCUGUUCCCACAGGUCAGAUCAUCCUUCUCAGAGAACGAUCUGCUGUUUGCUUGCCAGAGUGAUAGACGGGGAAAACCUGGAUGUCCGUUAUGAUCGCAAUGCUCACAUCACUCCCUUGAUGUCAGCUCUGCCGAUUUGGGAGUCAUUAAAGGAAGCAUCCGAUACAGCUUUACACACUAAGAUCAAGACGCUACUGAUUGUUCAGUCUGUUGCUGUGUGUGUGAAGAAAGGGAAUUCACAGUUGGCAAAGGAAACCCUGCAGUGGCUGGAAAAAGAGACUGAAAUACCAGAGAAACUACAAGGAAAGCUUACCACCAUUGUGAGUAAGAAAGAUGCAUAUGAUCAGCUUCUGAUGAACCUCACUUUCGACCAGCUGUUGGAGAGCAUUGACGUGUUCCUCGACACAUUCAGUCUGGAAAGAUCCUCCGUUUUCUUAAUCGAAGCAGCAUCAAAAGUAGUUCAAGCGCGUCAUGAGAGACCAGAAAAAACCUUAUCUGAACAGGACAGAAGCGAAAGGACGCCAUCCAGCCCAGAGUCAAUUCAAAAUGAGAAACAGGUGGAUCCACUGGUGCAAAAUAUGAGGCACAAAAGGAAACUUCUUUCCACACAAACGAAUGACCUGUGGAAACCAGAAACUGCAAAGAAAGAGCGAACCACAUGCAAGAGAACCUCCAUUUGCAAGGUUUCUAGGAGAAGUAGUAGCCCUUCGGAAUUACAAAGCAAUGUUAGUGUGAUGAGCAAAAUCAGGAGGAAGUGGACUGUGGAAGAAGAUAGGAAGCUGAAAGCAGGUGUGAGGAAGCAUGGAGAAGGUAACUGGAGAAUGAUCCUGAAUGACUAUGAGUUUAACAACCGCACCGGUGUUAAUCUUAAGGAUAGAUGGAGAACCCUGAAGAGUAAGGGAGAGGACUUCUGAGCUGCUGCUGCCUUUAUUUUAUUUAUUUUUUUAUUGUAUUUUAGGACCUUUAGACUUUAAAGUUUUCAUUUUUUGACCUGUGCUGAUUUCAAAUUCAGCAGUGCCUUUCUUUUGUAAAUUAAAAGUUCAAAAAUACCAUUUGGCAGAACAGUAUUGCUAAUGAGUUGUAUAAUAACUUUCAAAGUGUCCUGUUGCUGUUUGUUUGACCUGUAAGGCCAACAUUUGUCCAGUAGAGGAUGCAAGUGAGACAUAUGAAAGCUUUGUUUGCCUUUAAUUCUGUUCCUGGAUUUAUUUUACAGAAAGAAAAAAAAAAGUUUAUUUGAAAAAAUACUGUACAAAAAAAAACUAAAGAGCUUUUAUUAAA